AUGACUUACCUGAAAUCUACCAUCUGGCAGGACUCCAUCAAAGAAGAAUGGGCCAACAAUAUAGGAGCCAAAUAUGGCCUGCACAGGCCACUGAUAUCUUAUAUCUUGAUAAUGUAUCGGGAAGAAGUGGGGGUUUCUAUCCAAGCAAUGAGGAAGCUAUCAGCUCACAGAGAUUACAGAACCAUGCCUAAACCGCAAUAUACUCAAAAGUUUCGAGACGCAUGGUUAAAGGACCCUAGUUUAAAAGAAUGGCUGUUGUUCUGCUGUAAAAAAGAGCCUCCAGUUUUUAACGAAAACGCUUUAUUGUUGGAUAUUAUAUCCACUUGGAGAGUAGGAGACGAUAUCUGUAUUGGUUCUAAAUCACUAGAAGAAUGUUCUGUCAUCAAAACUAUGAGGUAUAGCGACCAGGAUACUCCCGAGGCGAGAAAGGAGCUACUAGAGCUACUAGAAAAGGGGUAUUAUGUUCUUGACUUGAGAGAAUAUCGAAGUGAAAGAGUACGAGAAGGGAUAGUUUUCGGCAUUUUCAUCAAGUUGUUUGCAAAUCUAUGCAGUCGUGAAAAUGGAAUCACUGGAUGCUUGCCUUCCAAUCAAAUUGAUGGAAUAGCUCUUCCAGUGGUGGAUAAAGCAAAGAAUUUAGGUCUAGUGUUUGAUGAUUCUUUACGUUUUAAGGAGCAUGUUGCUAAUAUUCUGAAGAAAGCAAUUGGUGUAAUUGAUGAUACACAUAUAGGAAUCCUGAAACCAAAUCGCCAGGGAGAUGAGUAUAUCAACCGAAAAGGGAAACCUCCUUUAAAUGUGCAAGCCACUUGUGAUGACAGAGAGAUGUUCACAAGUGUUGAUGUCAGUUGGCCUGGAUCAGUGCAUGAUUCCAGAAUAUGGAGAAAUUCAAAGACUGGAUCACAACUAAUAAAUAAAGCAAAUUUUGUACUACUUGGCGAUGACGGUUAUGGUAUUGAGCCGUGCUUUAUGACUCCCUUCAGAAAUCCUACUGCAGGUGCAGAAAAGAGACCUACACUGGACAGAAUGUUCGCUUCGACGUCACAAAGAAAUGAUGAUGGUUUGCGGGCGUCUUACAAUAUCUCGUUACUUAUAACAAAAUCCGGAAAACCGCAUACUAUCGGAGAGAAGUUAAUUUUGCCAACCGUUGAAGAGGUUUUAAAAACUGUUUUACACAAACCUGCAUCUGAUAUCAUUAAAAGAAUUCCCUUAAGCAACAAUACUGUUGAAAGACGUAUUGAUGAAAUGAGUUCUGAUAUUGAAAGCUUCUUAUGUAAUUAUUUGCAAGCGACCCAUUUCUUUAUACAACUGGAUGAGUCAACUUUAGCUGAUAAUGCAGCAUUAUUAUUGGCAUAUGUUCGUUUUAUUAUGAAUCAAGAAAUCUACGAAGAACUGAUCUUCGCAAGAACUUUGAUAACCGACACUAGGUGA